AUGCGGUUCAAGACCGAUCUGAAGAAUGUCAAGACGUUCUCCAAACUCACCGCGGCGCUCUCGUCCCUGGAGAAGGUGGCCUGGAUGCGCCUCGACGAUGACACGGUCCGCUUCACCGUGAUCCCCGAUCAGGGAUCCCAAGUGUGGGCCUCCCUCUCCAUGGACCACAUCUUCGACUCGUACCAGCUCCAGUCCGCCGAGCCGCACAACACCAUCAACCUCGAGCUCCCCCUGGGCCCGCUCCAUCGCGCCCUCAAGUCCGCCGACGACAAGAACUGCACCUCGGCCUCCCUGCGCCUCACCAAGAAGAACAACGUGCCCCUGCUGUCCAUGACCAUCACGACCACCACCACGUCCAGCUCCGGCCCGGCCUACUCGCGCUUUGCCGGCCGUGGUGGUGGCAGUGGGCUAGCUCGCGACAACCUCGGCGGCCCCGGUCCCUUCGACGACGACGACGGCGAGUUCCCCGUCGAGCCCCUCGAGACGGAUCUCAACCGCGAGCGCGAGAAGAUCAUCACCCAGGACAUCCCCGUGCGCGUCCUGCACCCGGAGCACGUCGAGACCAUCAUGCAGCCCAAGGUGCGCGAGCCCGACGUCCACAUCCAGCUGCCGCCGCUGCUGUCGCUCAAGGCUAUCUCGGACCGCUUCACCAAGCUGGCCGUGGCCGCGCGCACGGGCUCCUCGUCCUCGGCCGCGGCGGGCGCCAACGGCUCGUCGGCCGCCGCCUCCUCGUACAGCCCCAAGCUGGAGAUCUCGGCCAACAUGCACGGGUCGCUGCGGCUGGCGCUGACGGCCGACUCGCUCGACGUCGCCAGCCAGUGGGACGGCCUGGAGAACCCGGAGCUCGACCCGGGCCAGCUCAACUGCCCGCUCGAGGACCACCCGUCGACGCGGUUCCGCGAGGGCGGGCCCGGCCGCUGGGCCACGGUCCGCGUCGACGGCCGCGACUGGAGCCGUGUCCUCAGCGUGGGGCGGCUCGAGGGCCGUGUCAUUGCGUGCUUCGCCGACGAGCACGCCCUAAUCCUAUACGUCUACGUCCCGCAGUAUGACGACGUCAGCGCGGAGGACAGCGUGGUUACUUAUUAUGUGUCCUCAUACAGCAUGUGA